CGCGCUGUGUAUUCUGGGAACACGCACUAGUUUCAAGAUGGCGGCGAGCAGGAGGCUGGCCAAGGAACUUGAAGAGAUUCGCAGGUCUGGAAUGAAGAACUUCAGAAACAUUCAAGUUGAGGAAUCAAACCUAUUGUCAUGGCAAGGACUCAUUGUUCCUGACAACCCCCCGUAUGACAAAGGUGCAUUCAGGAUCGAAAUAAUUUUCCCCACUGAGUACCCAUUCAAGCCUCCCAAGAUCACAUUCAAGACAAAAAUCUAUCACCCCAACAUUGAUGAGAAGGGCCAGGUGUGCUUGCCUGUAAUCAGUGCUGAGAACUGGAAGCCUGCCACCAAAACUGACCAAGUUAUCCAGUCCCUCAUUGCACUGGUGAACGACCCCCAGCCGGAGCAUCCCCUGAGGGCAGACCUAGCAGAAGAAUACUCAAAGGACCGUAAAAAAUUCUUGAAGAACGCUGAAGAGUUUACAAAGAAACAUGGUGAAAAGCGGCCAAUGGACUGAUUACCUGAUGAGUGUGGAGCCCGCUGUCUCUCUCUUUCUUCCCCUCUUCUUUAAUCUCCCUGCCGAAAUACCUAUCUCGCUCUUACCUCUCUGCUCUCCCCCACACCUCACCUUCGCUCUCUCUCCUUACCCCUUCGCUCCCAAAUCGCACCUCCCUGCAACCCAGGAGCCGCCUAGCUAAAGCUAGGCAGUGGCAGCCUAUGCCGCCCUCCCAAUCCAGGACUCUCUGUGGAUCAGACAGCCUCCUCCUCCUCCUCUUCAGCCAUAAACAUCCAGACCAUUUCUAACUUUCUACUCUUUUCUUUAAGUGAAAAAUGGAAAAAGAAAUGCUAAGGGCACAUGAUGUUCAGAAGAAAUGUUAGAUGGAAAUACUCGGAGUAAAGUGAUCAUUUUCCGUAGGAUUUUCCUCUAAACAAACAACUAUUGUGUUAAAGAGAUUUCACAUAAACAUGUUUUUUCUGAGGUUUUUUUUGUUUUUUCUGAGCAGGAAAAGUGGUUGAUUACUCUGUUUCUUUUACCCUUUCAUCAGUAAUCUUAACUAAAAACAAACAUGACUGAAAGAAAAGAGGCUGCAGCUUGGACUGGGAGCUAUGUGCUGACUGACGUGUUUCCUUUACAUCACCUCCUUCUAGACUUGCACUGUACUCUGUGGAACAAUCCAUCUUGCAUCUUCCAGCAGAAACAUACAAUAACAAGCCAUAUAUGAAUUGAAUUGUUAUUGAUAAAAAAGCUACAGAAGAUAAUUGAGUGUUAAAAUAGAAACAAUUGGUUUGUAGGUAUGAUCAGGCGACUCUCAAAUACAAGCUGAAUGAUACUAUCUACAAAUUCUUUCAAUAUACUUGAUGUUUUGCAACCCAGAUCGUUUGCACUCAGACCCUGCUGUUAAAACUGUUUUCUGCAUCACAAAUGGCCCCUGUGAGUUUCUUUUACUAAUUUUUGUUAUUUUCUUUCUCCAACUAUACUUGUUUUGAUUGGCACUUGAUACAUUAAAUUGGUGGAAAUGUGGGAAGAA